CCUUCCGGCUGCUUAUAAAUAUGCCGGCAGAGGCUGCCCUCAGGCCACACAUCUCCUCUUGCCUCGUUUAAUCCUCCGAUCUGUGAUCACUCCUGCAACUGCGAUGGAUCCUCAGGACUGCGCUUGCGCCACUGGUGGCUCUUGUUCCUGUGCCGGCUCCUGCAAAUGCAAAAAUUGCAAAUGCACUUCAUGCAAAAAAAGCUGCUGCUCUUGUUGCCCAGCUGGAUGCGCCAAAUGUGCUCAGAAUUGUGUCUGCAAAGAGCCACUGUCGGAUAAAUGCAGCUGCUGCACCUAAAAAUGCCGUUUGAAAAAAGGAGACAAUUUUCCUAUUUUGUAGUUGCUCUUUCAUACAGAUAAAAGGAAGAAAAAUGUGUUCAGAAAAAUAAAAGUAUUUCAAACUUGACAACUUU